UCCGCCGCCCAGCCUUCCGGCGCUCUCCGCCCGCCUACACCCCCAAGUCUCAGGUCCCCGCCCCACAGGCCGAGAAUGGCGCCGGGAGGGCUCGGCUGCGGGACGACUUGGUCUUUGACGUUUCCUCUGUGAACCCUCCCCCGGGCUGAGCGCGGCCUCCGCCUCUUGGGCCGUCCCUCUGAACGCCACCGCCAGGCAAGGAUUCCGGUCAGGGAGUCCCCAAAUCCCCAGUGUCGCGGACUGGUACCCCUCUGUCACCUAUUAGGAACCCGGCCACAGCGUGAGGUUAAGGCUACCAGGGGCUUAGCUGUGUUCACAUGGAUGGGACAGAGACCCGACAGAGGAGACCAGAGGAGCUAGUGCUGCCACACACCCUUAGCACAGGAAGACUCCCUACAGUCUCAGGAGAUGGACUUCUAUGUGUCCCGGAAAGCCAAAGGGUGGCUUCUAAACCGCUGGGGACCGAGCUCAGCAGGGAGACCACCUUGUCCAUUGGCCUUCAGGUGACAGUGCCCUUCAUGUUUGCAGGCCUGGGACUGUCCUGGGCUGGCAUACUUUUGAACUACUUCCAGGGCAAGAAGCUUCGAGGCUUCAGUUGUGAGCUCACUCGGUCCCCCUAUGGAGUCUUCCCUGAGACCGUCUUCACCAUCACGUGCCAGAUCAUGGUACCCCUUCUGCUGUCGGGCCUGGGCAUGAUGACUGCUGGCCUGGUGAUGGACACCAUCCGACACUGGCCCGUGUUUGUGGAGAUUAAAGACCUGUUGACGUUGGUGCCACCCCUCGUGGGCCUGAAGGGGAACCUGGAGAUGACACUGGCAUCACGACUCUCUACAGCUCUGCAUUGCCCGGUAAAUAUGUUUGAGCCUGUGCUGUGGGAGCAAGAUGGUGGACUGCUCAUUAUCGCCAACCCAGGAAAGUCGUAUAGCAGUCAAAUCUUGAUCAACUGCACAACCAGAGCAGUGUUUUGGACAUCUGCAAGAAAGCAAGCUGUUAGAAGGGAGGCCAACACUGGACAAAUUGAUGACCCCCGGGAUCAGCACAGAGUCAUCAGCAGUAACCUCGCCCUCAUUCAGGUGCAGGCCACCGUCGUGGGGCUCCUGGCUGCUAUGGCUGCCCUGCUGCUGGGAGCUGUGUCUAGGGGGGAGUUAGACUUUGCGAAGAUGGAAUUGCUGUGUGCCAGCAGUGUCAUCACCGCCUUCCUGGCUGCAUUUGCCCUAGGAAUACUGAUGGUCUGUAUAGUGAUUGGUGCUCGAAAGUUUGGGGUCAACCCAGACAACAUCGCCACACCCAUUGCAGCCAGCCUGGGAGACCUUAUCACGUUGUCCAUCCUGGCUUUCAUGAGCAGCUUCUUCUAUAAACACAAAGACAGUCGGUAUCUGACUCCACUGGUCUCUAUCGGCUUCAUGGCCCUGACCCCUGUGUGGGUCCUCAUUGCCAAGCAGAACCCACCCACCAUGAAGAUCCUAAAGUCUGGGUGGUUCCCAAUCAUCCUAGCAAUGAUGAUCAGCAGUUUUGGAGGGCUCAUCUUGAACAAAACCAUCUCUAAAGAGCAAUACAAAGGCAUGGCCGUAUUUACUCCCAUCAUAUGUGGUGUUGGUGGCAAUCUGGUGGCCAUUCAGACCAGCCGGAUCUCCACCUACCUGCACAUGUGGAGCACUCCUGGUGUUCUACCCCUCUGGAUGAAAAAAUUCUGGCCUAACCCAUGCUCCACUUUCUGUACCUCAGAAAUCAAUUCCAUGUCAGCCCGAGUCCUGCUCUUUCUAGUGAUUCCAGGCCAUCUUAUUUUCUUCAUCAUCAUCUACAUGGUGGAAGGCCAUGCAGUCCCAAACAGCAAGACCUUUGUGGUAUUCUAUCUACUAGCAGGCUUGAUCCAGGUGACAAUCCUGCUGUAUCUGGCAGAAGUGAUGGCUCGGCUAAUGUGGCACCAGGCCCUGGAUCCUGACAACCACUGUAUUCCCUACCUCACAGGGCUAGGGGACCUCCUAGGGACUGGCCUCCUGGCACUCUGCUUUCUCAUCAGCUGGUUAUUGAGAAGCAAAGCAGAACUAGAUGGCAUUUCAGAACCAGUGUCUGGAUCUCUCUAAUGAGCUUAGGCAGCCCAUUAAUCAGUAGAAUUUUCCCUCACACCAGCAGAGUAUAGAAUGCAGUAUUUCCCUGGCUGGAUCCCUAGGUCUCUCUGACUCUCCAAUGGCCCUUUUGUCAGUCUGCUAAGGAAACUCACACACACCUUGGCCCUGAGUUGGAACCUGAGUCCAUGAUGGAGCCUGAUAUCAGAAGCAUUGUUUGUAAGUGUGUGAAUAUGACUACUGUGCUGGGUGAGUGUGUGCAUAAGUGUGCAUGUGUGUGUGGAGAGCAGGGUGCUCUGGCCUGACUGUGCUAAAGGAAGAAGUGUGUCUGGUGAACUUUGGGCAAUUUGUUGGCUCUUCUUCAUGCCAUUGCAGCUCAGAUUGAAGUGGACAGGAAGGAGAUCUGUUGUGUGCCCAAGCCUCAGGACUCUUGGCCCUGGCUUAACUGUUCUUCACUAGGUCCAGUUCCGUGGUCCACUAUGCUGGUAUGCCCUGAAAAUGUGUGCAGCCCUUCCUAGGCUGGGGCCUUCCACCCCCUCUCAUCUGCUCCCAGCAUUUAUUCUUGACAUUGCUCUUUUUUCCCGUUUUUUUUUUAAGCAGAAACCUCUGUUUAGAUUAUAAUGAUCUGAGAAGUAUAAAAUAAAGCAUAGAUUAUAUUU